AUGCCCACGCCACCACCUCCUUUCCCACGCUGCCUUCCACUCGCUGACGCUGACGCCGACGCUCGCCCACGCCUCUCUCCCUGCCACGAAGCCGCUCGUCGCACUCGCACCGUCGAGCUCGCCGUUCGCGCCAGCGCCGUCGUCCUCGCCCGCGCUCGUCAAUCCCCGAUUCGCGGCCGACGGAUCGCCGAGAAGACCGUUCCGCCGCCUCGCCGAGAAGGAGAAGGACCCGCGCCGUCGUUCUCGCUCCGCCCCAAUCCGCGUCCGCGCCCCGCCCCGAUCUACGGGCGUCGACGACUCCUUUCCCUCCCCGCUGCGAAGCAGCGCCUGCUGCCGGCAGACGCCUCGACGCCGCCGCGCCGCCGUCUCGACGCCACUGGACACGCCGCUGCCUCCACGAUCUGCCCUGUCGUCGAGGCGGCUGGACGUGCGGCCGCCGGACACGCCACCCCCUCCACGACGCCGGAAACUCAGGUGGUCCUCGCCGUCGAGCGGCCCGCUGUCCUCGCCAUCGUGUGCCGUGGCCAACGCCGUACGUCUCUUGCGUCUGCCUUGACAAAAGGUGUGCGCAUUACAGAAGGAUGCAGCGUCAUGGCGCCCUGCUGCCGCCAAUGCCACAACGAUGCCAAGGUCUCAAAUGACCAAUACCAUUAUGAUGGAUGUGCCAUAUGCAGUCUUACUGAAGCUAUAAGCUGUUGUUAUAUCUACAGCACUAAUGGGAUGGGAGACAGAAAGAUGAAUGAUGUCUUUAACGAUAAACGGAUGGUUCCUCCUGGCAAGUCACUGAUGGCUUCGAAUGGUGCUUUGAUCCAUAUUGAGGAUCUUGAUCUUUGCCUGAAUUUUGGCCUAAGUUAUUGUGCACAAGAUCAAACAACGGCUGACAAAAAUGAUUCAGUAUCGUAUAAGAAUGAGGAAACUUCAACUGAAAGUGAGAUCAUGAAGGAGAGGACUAUUGCAUGA